UUUCUCGCGUGGCACAGGAAGAACAGGCAUGUCUUACAACAUUGUUAUUAGCUCUGCUAAUAGAGUUGGCUCUCAACACAUACAAAUUAAAUCAAAUGUAUGUUCUCCCCAUGAGGUUUUCUUGUCUGGUUUUAAAACUGUAGUGAUAGUAGAAAAAGAUAAAAGGCGAAGAAGAGUGUAAGGUGUAGUAGAGAGAGCUGCACUGAGGUGUAGAUGCGCUAACGUUAGCACGGGGGAGGAGCUGAGCAGCACGAGCUGAGCAGCGCCACACAGCUGCUGCCUGGACCCGAGCUUCAGCUCAGUGAAGCUCACACACACACUACAAGACGAGUGUGUACAUGCGGAAAAAACGGUUUACAAUACCUGACUGUUCUAUUAUAACCGGUCGUCCUAUGUGCUGUAAGAUUUAGGAGCGUAAAGGUGGAAGAAAAAGGCUGUUGUACCUCACCGAGAGGGAUAAGGUUAUGGUGUCGGUGAUGAACACAGCCAUGAAGUGAAAGGUGAAUGUGGAUGAGGCGGAGGUGUGAGGCUGGACACUCAGGCAGAGGACAGGAUGGUAAUGUCGGGGUGGAUGAUUCUGCCCAUCAGCCUGCCUGUCCUCACCAUCACAGGCAUCUGGGUUGUAGGGUCAUUAUGGACUGGACUUUCUUUGACCUUGCUGCAUCAGCAAGAGAGAAGAUUUAAAUAUUACCACAGUGCUGGUGAAAGGUAUGCCAUGGCCCUGUAUAACCAGCAUGUUUGUCCUGUAGAUAACUGGUUAUAUAAUCAGUCAUGUGAGGAAGAUUUGCCCAUGCAGACCGGACCAACGCUAUGCUGUACUCUGGACAAUGUGCCACUCAUCAGUAAGUGUGGCACGCUACCUCCAGAGAGCUGCUUCUUCAGCCUUAUCUGCAGCACGGGAUCCUUCAUGGUGAUGGUGAUAGUUUUGCUGCAUUAUGCUCAUGUGAUUGAAAAGCGGCAGAACUGUGUGUUAAACACGGCAAGCCUCUCCACUGGCUGGAUCUGCUCUGCAGGACUCAUCAUGGUGGGCAACUUCCAGGUAGAUAAUGCAAAGGUGUUGCACUACGUUGGGGCCGGUGUGGCCUUUCCCACUAGCGUACUGUUUGUGAGUGUACAGUCUGCACUCACUUAUAAACUGGCCAAGACUCAGGGUGAGUACAAUAUGGGCCAUCUGCGUCUCAUCAUGACCCUGCUGGCCUUUGUAGCCCUGGUGCUCAGUGGAGUUUUUUUCGUCCAGGAGAGUUUUGUCCUGCAGCAUGCCUCAGCCAUCUUUGAGUGGGUCUUCUGUGUCAUCAUCAUGCUGUUUUAUGGCACGUUUGCCUUUGAGUUUGCCAGUAUCUCCAGCAACACCAUGAUGGUCCUGGCCAGAGGAGGAGCUCUAAGUAGCAACAGCCAAGAUCACAAAAUGGAGUCCCUCAGUGGAACUAGUCAGCACCAGCCGGAGAACAUGUCCAUGCUUUAACCUCAUAGAGGGAGAGUUGGCACAGGCCUGCCCAUGCUACUCUCUCUCUUUCCCUGUUUCUUAUACACAUACCUGUACAGUAGGGUGCAGAGGAGAACACUAGUAUAGGAGAGGACAUCAGGCCUACUUCUAUUCUUGAUCUGAGCUAAUUUUUGCCAAAGGACUUUGCACACAUUUUUGCACAUUCUUGAGACCAAAUAAUUGUCCAUCUUCAGUGUCACUCUCGUUAUAGCCCAUCAACAUGAGGCUGUAAUGCUUAAAGAAGCAGUGUUAUAUGGACUGAUGUGGUAUGUGUUGUUGGCUUUGUGAAUGUUGAUGGCAUCGGAGUUAAGAGGAUGCGGUCUGUUAAAAUGUAACAGCGAAAAGCAGUUAACAACCCAGACCUGCACACUUGGCUGGGCACCAUUCUGUCCAUUCUGUGCCAAUUCCAGUUGUUUCAUGCCAAAACCAGAAAUGAUUAACAAAAGUUUAUUUUUGCAUUUUAUAUUCAACAACAUUGCCUAUAUCUAUGGCUUUUAGUUAUGUUUGAUAUUCUCACACAGAGGUGCUUUCUGCUCAUUGCAUAUUCUGUUCAGGGCGACUAUCGUUACCAUUGUGCCUUACAAAACGGGGCCAAGCAAAGCUGUCUAAUGGACACCAUUAAUAAUCUCUAAUUCUGUUUUGUUGAUUAUACUGUCAGGGACACAGUCCAAUGUUUCGAAAAUGUACUUUGUUAUGUUCUAUAAAUGUUGUCAAAAGAAACAGCAAACAUGACACUUCACACUAAUACAGAGCAUUCCUAGAUUUGCUGUAUAUUUGACUUGUUGGUUUGUAAAUCUGAUUAUAUUCUUGCUCAUCUCUGUGCCUGAGGCCAGUAUAUUGAAUAUAUUGAGUGUGGACUGUGAUGUGUGAUUGGUAUUUGAUUUAAAUGAAGGUCUGCUUACAUUUCCUGUCAGUUCCAGUUAAAGGUUCCAGUUAAAGAGGAACAGUACAGAUCCCACUUACGCGAUACACCAGAUCUCAUAUGCUUCUUCAGUCGGCCGUAAUUUUCUUUGAUUUCCACACCUUGUAUUUGUUGAUUGUGGUUUCACUUGUCAGGUUAAUCUGAAUCUUGUGGCUAGGAUCAUAAAUACACACAGGUGUCACAAAAAUGUGAUCUGUUUUGACAGUAUGUCUUGCAGCAGGUCUGCAGGUCUGUUACACAAAAAGCCAUUUUUCUGAUAGAUGUACUCGCUUACUCUUUAUGUUGAAUGCUGAUUUAAGUGCCCUUAAACAGAAAUACCCUGUCUCUACAUUUGUAGAUUGUAUAUAAUUUACAUCAUAUGUCUUUAUCAACAUAAGGCAAGUCUAAAGUCUGUUGUGUUUGUUUUAGCGUUAAAACCUCAGGAAAAUCUGUUACACCAGCUUGGAGUCAUUGCUGUUAAUAAAGUACAUUUGAUCAAGUAUUAACUGUUGAGUGAACGUUUUACAGUAAAACUGGCAUACGCUUGAAGUACGUAUUACACCUGGUUUGCAAAAAUAUUUACUCUUUCAUGAUCUGUUUCAUGUAACUGUAUCCCUGUUCACGGCGUUAAAUGUGCAGAACCUCCGAAGACAUGUUUGAGGACAUGGCUGUCCGUCAUUCAACUUGAUCCAGUUUCUGACCUAUUGCUUCAACCCAGACACAGAACUUUUUUUGCUGAGCAAAGAGUGAUCAUACAUACAAACACCACUAGCACAGACAACAAGUACAAAUAUACAACCUCAGUGCAUGUGUGAUACACAUUGCAGAAAACAUAUUGGGUAAGAUAACUGAUAUGCUGGCUAUUAAAGGGCACCAUCCUGUGCCUUAAACCAAAGACUGAAAGUUUUGUGUGUUUUUUAUAUUUAUAUACAUAUAUAUAUAUAUAUAUAUAUAUAUAUAUAUAUAUAUAUAUAUAUAUAUAUAAAUCGUAGAUAUGAUUUAUUGUAUUGUAUAUUUGCCUUAAACCGAGCAAAAAUAAAGCAAAUAUUAAGAAAGCUACCCGACCAAGGUUUCUGUUUUGAUGAUGGAAAUUCAAGUUUCUGCAUGAUGUCAAGGCCACUAUUUUAAUGUAAGCACAUUUGUGAUGUUGACCAUGUUAUUAUUAUUUGAUCUUUAUCACUUUCAUUGAAGCAGGUGUUCGGACGACACACCGAUGGAUUUGAUCAAUCAUGGAUCCUCCGACUCAAGUGAGUGCACACAAUCAGUAAAGCGAAGGAAGGACAUACUAAUACGGGAAAAAUCAUGUAAAUAUUUCACGUAAAGAUUCUAAUAUAAGUCUAUCAUUUUAAUUAAUUAGAAAAGUAGAAAUAGUUCGAAAUGAAUUAGAAAAGAAUGCAAAAUAGAUGUACUCUCACCAGUGUGCUCAGACUUUUGGACUCUAGUGUAUAUUUGGGGCAUUAGUGCCUAGAUUUAAGCAUUAGUGCCUAGAUUUUCUUCAUUAGCAAGUUGUCAGAGACAUUUUUGUAUGGUCUAGCUAUGAAGCAAUAACGUGUGCAUAACAGAGGUUCUGAUUAAAUAGCUGUUUCAGUUUAUUAAUAAUAAUUAUUCACAAUUAUUUACACAGAUAAAAUCACAUAUGACAAAGACAGGUCACAUUUCAGCAGAACUUGUCUGAUAAAAACAGCAGGACAAAAUACCAAACUGCAAUUACAUUUAUAUUGCAACUGCAUUAUAGUAAAAACACCCAGAAUAGUUUUUUUCUUUUUUGAAAAAAGUAUAUUUGCACCCCUUGUGACCUUUAUUUGUUAUAGUGAGAAAUAUUAUUUGAUUGGUCAUUUGUGUAUUGCAGCACCUAGUAAUGCGUAAGACAAUAAUGAUUGUGAGACAAUAAACUGCAGUUUUCACUGAAAAGCAGCAGGAC